AUGCAUCUCUCCACGGCCAAAGCCAACACCACCAUCGUGGCCGACAUGGCAAACAGUCUGCUCAACAUGGUCAUUGGCGGCCAUGAGGAUGGAAAAGACAAAGAAUCCCAUUCCGAUAUCAACGACUCCGCCCCCGGACCCGACAAUUCGGACAGUCUCCAGUCCCUGACUCAGGAACACUCCAACGACGACGACUCCCACCACAUCUUGGCUUCGGCCUCAGCUUCAGCUUCGACACCAACCACCCAGGACAUUGAGGAUGAAAAUGACCCCGCCUGGAGCAUCGCAACCACGACAACAACAGACUCGUCCGUCGACGACAGCAGCAACAGCAACGUCACCGUCACCCUCCAAGAAGAUGUCCCGCCAACGCAUCCCUUUGCGGCUCCCGACAUGAGCCUCAUCUUCGACUACUCGCCCAUCCCAUUACUCCUCCUGUCAUCGUCGUGCUGCAUCACCAGGGUCUCGAAACGCUUCUGCCAAGACUGGCACGUUACCGAAAAGGAUUGCGUCGGCAAGUUCCUACUGCCCUUUCUCGACGGCCAGGUCCGCGAAACCGGCGCCAGCAAAUCAAAACACAUUGCCGAAGCUGUCGACGAUGCCGUCGCAUCCCGAUCUGAGCGCACCUCCAAAGCCAUCACGGUCAAGAGUGCCUUCACCUGUCGCGCCCGCGUGAUUCCCAUCUUUCGAGGCGCCGAGCUGGUCUCCAUCUACCUCGAAUGGCACGAGCGCCCUACCUCGGACGUCCUCGACAACGAACUUGUGCAACCGGGCCUUUCCACCGACGAAGCCUUCCGCAUUCUCGUACAAGCGCUCAAGGACUAUGCCAUCUUCCUGCUGGAUACCAAGGGUCAUAUUGCGACGUGGAAUACAGGAGCGCAAUUGCUCAAGGGCUACACCCGGGACGAGAUCAUCGGCAAACACUUCUCCAUCUUCUACGGCAAGGAAGACCUCGACAUCAAGAAGCCAGAGAUGGAACUUGACAUCUGUCUCCGCGAAGGCCGUGUGGAGGACGAGGGCUGGCGCUACAAAAAGGACGGCACCCGGUUCUGGGCCAACGUCGUCAUCACAGCCGUCUACAAGAAUGGCGUCCAUGUCGGCUUUGGCAAGGUCACGCGUGACUUAACGGAGCGUAAGGCGUCCGAGUCCCGCUUGAUCGCUGCCUACGAGGAGAGCGAGAAGCUCAAGUCCGACUUCCUCGCCAACAUGAGCCACGAGAUCCGUACCCCUAUGCACGGUAUGCUUUCGGCUUGCGCGUUGCUGCUUGACUCGCCUCUUACGGAGAGGCAGCGAGACAUUGUCAACAUUAUGGACGAGUCGGGUCAGAUAUUGUUGCAGGUCAUUAACGACAUCCUGGACUAUUCAAAGCUAGCAUCGGGCAGUUUCUCAGUCAGCUCCGACGUGGUGGGUGUUGCCAGCAUCAUCACAUCAGUGGUGCGCAGUGUCCAGACCACGUUACCCCCAGCCGUCCACUUCGAGCUCUUCCUCGCCCUCAACCUUCCCAAGUCCGUCCAGGGUGACCCUCUCCGCUACCGCCAAAUCGUCCAAAACAUUGUCGGCAACGCGGCCAAGUUCACAGACAAAGGAAGCAUCCGAGUCAGAGCCUCGGUCCACUCCGAAGACAGUGACAGCUACACCCUCUUGACCGAAGUCAUCGACACGGGCAUUGGCAUCCGGGAAGCCGCCUCCGCCUCGCUCUUCACUCCCUUUAGCCAGUUCGACUUGACCACCACCAAGCGUUACAAGGGCACUGGUCUCGGCCUUUCCAUCGCCAAAUCUCUCGCCGAACUCAUGGGUGGCCGCAUUGGCUACCGCCCCAACCCCGAACGCCACGGCUCCAUCUUCUGGUUUACCGCGCGCUUCAAGAAGAUCAAGAGCCUCGAACAGAUCCAGGAUUGGAAGCACCAGAUGGCCGCUAAGGACGGCUCACCCAUCUCGCAUAUUCAACCCGACGUCACGAUUCUUCAAAAACGCCUCGCCUCCGUCGCCGGCCGCAAGACCGUUUUGCUUGUAGAAGACAACAUUAUCAACCAAAAGGUCAUGCUCGGCAUGCUGCGCUCCCUUGGCUUCAAGAGCAUCGACCUGGCAGCCGACGGCGCCGCGGCCGUGAAGAUGGUCACGGGCAAACCUGUAGGCUAUGAUAUCGUGCUGAUGGAUAUCAAUAUGCCCAUCAUGGACGGACAAGAAGCCUCGCAGCGAAUCCGUGACGCUAACGUGAAGGUGCCGAUUAUUGCUAUGACUGCUUACGCCCUUAAAGGGGACCGUGAGAAGUGCCUAGAGUUCGGCAUGAACGAUUACGUCCCCAAGCCGGUCGACAGGAAGUACCUGAUCAAGGUCUUGGCCACUUGGCUCCUCGAGAAGGUCGACUACCGCAAGGCGUACGAUGAGCGGCUGCAGCAGUUGAAGAGUUGCGAUGAGAAGUUGCAUCGGCUGAGUGUUAGUGAGGGCGCAACUGUGGCCGUGGCUAGGAGGGAGAGUGAAGAUGGGUUUCUCAAGCGGGGGAUGGCGCUCGGUGGUGAAGAGAGGGAUGAGAAGGGGUGGAAUACUUUACCGGGGAGGCAAGGGCACGAGGUACAUAAUGCUGGGGUGGCGCAGGGCACGUUUGAGGAGCCGGCGUGUGUGAAGAUUCCCGACGCGGUGGAGAGGACGGAGAGACCUCAUCAGGGGCCGCCGCCUACGCCCAAGGAUGAGCAGCCUGGGUGGCUGGCUAGUCAGGAAGGAAGACAAGAUCUGUAUAAUGGUGGUGUGGGGGAGGGUGUCCCUGAUGAGGAGGUGAAUGCGAAUGGGGAUGUGCCGGUGCCGGUGCCGGUUAGCGACGGGGAGAUUAGUCCCAGGACUCCCUGUGUGACGACCGAUCAGCCACAAGUCGAGGGUGAAGCAGCCGAUGAGUACGAAAGGAUUGUCAAGCCAUAG